GCCUCUGCGGCGCUUAUGCCCCGCCAGCCCGCUAGGGCGGCGCUGCCCAGGAGGCCGCGGUUCCUUCACGGGAGGUGCCUUCUUGGCCUUCGGGGCGACUCUAACCCUCGGAGGCGGUACUUCCUGAGCGGUUUGCAGCGAGUGUCCUGCAGCUGUUUGGGUGGCAGCGUUGGUUCAUUCGCCCGCUGGCUGCCCGCCAUGGAGCGUCCGGGACCCAGUGAAGGCUCAGAUCCAUCGGCGCCGGACCCUCAGCUUGCUGUCACCAUGGGCUUCACGGGGUUCGGAAAAAAAGCUCGCACAUUUGAUUUGGAAGCAAUGUUUGAACAAACUCGUAGAACAGCUGUGGAAAGAAGUCGGAAGACACUGGAGGCAAGAGAAAAAGAGGAAGAAAUGAACAGAGAUAAAGAAUUAAGAAGGCAAAAUGAAGAUGUUGAACCAACAUCUUCAGGCUCAGAUGUGGUCCGAGAUUGCUCUAAAUUAUCUUCCAGGGAUACAAGCAGCAGUGAAAGUGAGGAGAGUUCUGAUUCUUCUUCUGAUGAGUUAAUUGGCCCUCCUUUACCCCUUAAAACGGUGGAAGAACCAGUUAAUCAUAUGGAGGAAGAUAUCAUUGGUCCUUUACCUCCACCUCUUGGUGAAGAAGAAGAAGAUGAUGAUGAUGGUGAUUCAGAAGAGGAGGAAAAUCCUGUCCAAAAGAUCCCUGACUCACAUGAAAUAACAUUGAGGCAUGGCACUAAAACAGUUUCUGCUUUAGGUCUGGACCCCUCAGGUGCCCGUUUGGUGACUGGAGGAUAUGACUAUGAUGUUAAGUUCUGGGAUUUUGCUGGAAUGGAUGCUUCUUUUAAGGCAUUUCGGUCUCUUCAGCCCUGUGAAUGCCAUCAGAUCAAAUCAUUACAAUAUAGUAACACAGGAGAUAUGAUUCUUGUUGUAUCUGGAAGCUCUCAGGCCAAAGUGAUUGACAGAGAUGGUUUUGAAGUAAUGGAAUGUAUAAAGGGAGACCAGUAUAUUGUGGACAUGGCAAAUACCAAGGGUCACACAGCAAUGCUUCAUACUGGCUCAUGGCAUCCCAAAAUAAAGGGAGAAUUUGUGACUUGCUCAAAUGAUGCGACCGUGAGGACAUGGGAAGUUGAAAAUCCAAAGAAGCAAAAAAGUGUUUUUAAACCACGGACAAUGCAGGGUAAAAAAGUAAUUCCCACCACAUGCACAUAUAGUAGAGAUGGAAACCUUAUAGCAGCUGCCUGCCAGAAUGGAAGCAUACAGAUCUGGGACCGAAAUAUGACUGUUCAUCCUAAAUUCCACUAUAAACAGGCUCAUGACCUGGGCACAGAUACUUCUUGUGUGGCUUUUUCCUAUGAUGGUAAUGUCCUUGCUUCUCGUGGAGGUGAUGAUACAUUGAAAUUAUGGGACAUCCGACAGUUUAACAGGCCACUUUUUUCAGCCUCAGGGCUUCCCACCAUGUUCCCAAUGACUGACUGCUGUUUCAGUCCAGAUGAUAAACUCAUAGUCACUGGUACAUCUGUUCAAAGGGGAUGUGGCAGCGGCAAACUUGUUUUCUUUGAACGCAGGACUUUCCAAAGGGUGUAUGAAAUAGACAUCACUGAUGCGAGUGUUGUGCGCUGUCUGUGGCAUCCGAAGCUGAACCAGAUCAUGGUGGGAACUGGAAACGGAUUGGCCAAAGUCUAUUACGACCCCAACAAGAGUCAGAGGGGAGCCAAAUUAUGUGUGGUUAAAACCCAGCGGAAGGCAAAACAAGCUGAGACUCUAACCCAGGACUACAUCAUAACCCCUCAUGCCUUGCCUAUGUUCCGUGAGCCCCGGCAGAGGAGUACAAGAAAACAGCUGGAGAAGGACAGACUGGACCCCUUGAAGUCUCACAAGCCUGAACCUCCUGUAGCAGGCCCAGGUCGUGGUGGCCGGGUUGGAACCCAUGGGGGCACUCUGUCGUCAUACAUUGUGAAGAACAUUGCAUUGGACAAGACCGAUGACAGUAAUCCCCGGGAAGCCAUUUUGAGGCAUGCCAAAGCAGCUGAAGACAACCCAUAUUGGGUUUCUCCAGCAUAUUCCAAGACCCAGCCCAAAACCAUGUUUGCCCAAGUUGAAUCUGAUGAUGAGGAAGCAAAAAAUGAGCCAGAAUGGAAAAAACGUAAAAUUUGAAGAAUCUCAUAUGAGAGCUGAUUGCAUGAGGGAGUAGGAUAUUGGACAGUUUUUUUUUAAUGAAAUAAAAAAUACAUUUUUAUGGACAGAUUUUGUCCUUCGUGUUAUUGAGCCAUUCGAAAGAUUGGUAGUUACUCAAUUCACUUGUUAUGCUUACAUUUUCUUACCUAUAACUAUUAAACUGUAUUAUAAGUAAAUAAGAAACUGAUUCUCCUAUUACCAAAUACUUCAGGUUCUUGGAAAUUUUAUUCAGAAAUUAUUGGUCCUGUACGGAUUCUCUUAACCUUGGGGGAGAAUGUACAUUGAGUGUUCAUCUGUCUUGAGCAAUUCUAGGAGUAUAAUAUGGAAAUGGACAUCAAAAAGUUUAAUAUUUCUGUGUAAUUUCACAAUAGUUGUUUACAUGACUGUAAAUAAUUAGGCUGAACUCAAACUAAAAGCAUUGCCAUACUAGGAAAGAAUGUGUGUCUAAUUAUCUUUCAACAGCAGAAUACAGUGGUUAGGAGUUAGGAAAUAGGCUUUGAAUCAGACCAAUAUGGGUUCAAAUCCUCGAUUUGCUCUUGACUGUCUGGGUCAUCUUGGGAGAGUUAUUAAACUUCUCUCUUCUGGUUUCCUAUGAUAAUAGCACCACCCUUGUGGGUUUGUCAGAAGGGUUGCAUGAGACACUCCUUAUAGAUUAUUUCAUAUAGCACCCAGCAUGUGGUAAAUAUACACUAAAUAUUUGCUGUUUUAAAAUAGAACUUUGCCUGAUUUUAUACUUUGCCAAAUUUUUAUCAGUAUUACAUUAAUACAUUAAUAUUACAUUAAAAAUAUAGAAAUGAUCUUUGUAAAUGUAAGAGCUAUAUAAGUACAUGACAUUAAAAAUCAUUCUAAAAGAUCCUUGUGCUUUUGUGACUGAAAAACUAAAACAAAAGUUGGCAGUUUGUUCAAAGUAAUAAUGAGUCAAUAGAAUAAAAUGCUGUGGACU